AGGUCUGUGAAUCGCCAGGCCUUCUACCAUGCCUGACCCCCCACCCCUCAAUUCCCACAGAAAAACACACCAACCCCCCACAGACCUCUGCCCUGAGCAAAGAGCACAGGGCUUCACCUUCACCUCUCUUUUCCCCUCAGCAAAACUCUCUUUCUCUCUUCUCCCCCAACUUCUCAUUUCAUCUUUGCCCUCUUCAUCCCAUCUCAUCCACUGCGCCUGGCCAAGAGCUACGAAGAGAACACAUUCAGACUCUACAACAUUCUCCUUUCACUGGCUGACACUAGUCACAUGCUGCCUGCUACCUUCUCUGAUUGGAGCUGGGGAGACGUGGGGCAUGGUCUCGGCCUGUCCUUUCCACUGUGUGUGUCGAAACCUUUCAGAGUCACUCAGCACACUGUGUGCCGAUAAGGGCCUUCUGUUUGUCCCACCACAUGUUGACCGGCGCACAGUGGAGCUCCGACUGGCUGACAACUUCAUAACUGAAGUGGGCGGGAGUGACUUUGUCAACAUGACUGGAUUAGUUGAUCUGACUCUUUCGAGGAACACAAUCCAUCUAAUUAGACCAAUGGCUUUCGCUGACCUGGAAAGUUUGCGCUCCCUGCAUCUAGAUGGUAAUCGCUUGACAACACUUGGACCCAGAGACCUUGCUGGGUUGGUCAACCUGCAGCAUCUAAUUGUCAACACCAACCAGCUGGUUAAAGUUCAUGUCCAAGCCUUCGAUGACUUUUUGCUUACCUUAGAAGACCUUGACCUGUCUUAUAAUAAUCUCAGAAGGGUACCUUGGGACUCCAUUCAGAACAUGGCCAGCCUGCACACUCUGAACCUGGACCAUAAUUUAAUUGACCACAUAGCAGAAGGAGUCUUUGGAGAACUUUAUAAGCUUGCACGGCUGGAUAUGACCUCCAACAGGCUCCGAACUCUUCCUCCUGAUCCUUUUUUUGCAAGGUCUCAAACAGGAGCAAUAAGUCCCACACCCUACAAUGCAGUCAUAAGCCUAAAUUUUGGAGGGAACCCGCUCCACUGUAACUGUGAGCUGCUAUGGUUAAGGCGGCUUAUCAGAGGAGACGAUAUGGAGACCUGUGCCACUCCUCCACACCUGGCUGGAAGGUAUUUCUGGUCAAUUCCUGAGGAGGAGUUUACUUGUGAGCCACCACUCAUCACUCGUCACACCCACAAGUUGUGGGUGCUUGAGGGCCAGCGUGCCACGCUAAAAUGCCGUGCAAUUGGAGAUCCUGAGCCAGUCAUCCACUGGGUUUCACCAGAUGAUCGCAUUGUUGCAAACUCAUCCCGGACCAGUUCUUUCAGCAAUGGGACCUUGGAUAUUUUGGUAACUGUUGCCCGGGAUGAUGGAGCAUACACAUGUAUUGCAAUUAAUGCAGCAGGUGAAGCAACUGCAACUGUGGACCUGAAAAUAAUCCCACUGCCUCAUCGUGGUGGGGCCAGUGGAACCACAGGGGGUAACGCCAAGAACAACAGGAAUGUGACCAAUGGGAUUUUACGGACAGAUCCGGGCUCGUCGGACAUCAGCACCGGGAAAAAUGGGAUUACCAACGGGGCAGCACGUGCAGGCGAGACGGAGGAUGGUAAAAGAGGAGAUGGAGAAAUAGCAGAAGGUGACAGUGGAAAGGCCCCAGAUGGGGAAGGGUCUGAUGGAGGAAGCAUGGAGGACAAUGAUGGAGAAGAGGAGGAAGGAAGGAUAGUUGGAGUACAGGGAGUGACAUCAACCUCAGCCCAGGUCCAGUGGGAGUUAGGGCGUUUGUCUGAAGCUAAUGUUGUCUGGAUGUAUCAGAUACAGUAUAACUGCACUGCCGACGAGACCCUGAUCUACAGAAUCUUACCAUCGACCAGUGAUCGCUUCCUGUUGAAGAACUUGGUUUCCGGUGUGGACUACAACCUGUGUGUGCUGGCCAUUUUUGAUGACACAAUUACAUCACUAGCUGCAACAAAAGUUCUAGGUUGCACUUCAUUCUCCACCAAGGAUGUGUACCCAGCAUGCCGCUCUCUCCAAGCCCACUUUCUGGGCGGGACACUUACCAUAUUGGUUGGUGGUGUUGUUGUGGUGACUCUUCUAGUGUUUACUGUGGCUCUCAUGGUUCGCCACCGUGUUUGCAAUCAUGGUGAUCAUAUAAUAUGUCACAGCAGCAACACUGAGGUAGGAGGUGGGGCCUGCUGUCAGGGUGGUGUAGGAGGUGUAGAUAAAGGGGCAAAUAGCAGUGGAUGCUACCAAUCAAAUGGCUCUGGAGAUAUGAUGAUGGUGGUCCUUCCCAAUGGUCUGCCUUCUAAGGGAGGGGAAAGGGGGAAUGAGAAGAACAAAGACAAGGAAAAAGAUACAGCCAAUUCUGCUUCUGCAUUGCCUCCAAAACUUCCCCCGAAGCCCAGGGCAAAGCCUAAAGUAAACCUGGAGCAGUUUUUAUCAGCUGGAGGGGUUGUUUCUACAACAACAGGGGCAGAAAGCGAGAUGGCACUGGUAAUAAGGCAGCGGAAGCUGGAGAAGGCAUUGCCACAGAACCUAGAGUGUGAUAGAACUCCCCUGUACUAUUCCCCCACUCCCCCAUCAACGCUACCCCGUCAGUCACGUUCUAGGGAUCGUCCAAAUCCCCGUCUGGAACGAGAGCUGACAAAUCGAGCCAGUUUCUCUUUGGCUGCACCCCUGAGAGACUCAGAGCUGUUGGACUGGAGAAUCACAUCUAGAGGCAGGGACAAAUGGAACUCGUCACAGGCUUAUCAGAGCCCUAUAACCCCUCUAAGCCCUGCCAGUGGACCUGUUGGCAAACGGCGGCAUUCACUGGAUAUGGGUUCUUCUGUGGCUCUAGCAAGUGAUGCUGCAGCAUCUGUUGCCAGGCACUAUGGCGCUGUUAGUUAUGCCAAGCGGUUGAGUGUAAUCUGGACCAGACGGAGCCAGUCGCUUCAUGGGAUGCUGGUACAGUGCGCUUCGACGACAAGCACAACCUCUUCAACAACUAGUGAGGACGGUGAGACUGGUGGGAUCUUGGGUACUCAUGAUUAUCAACAGAGAUAUAUCCAUGCUUACAACACUACCAAUCCAAACACUAAGAUUACUACUGGGAAAACAAAAGACAAGAGUCGAGAGAAAGGAGGAAGAGGUGCCGAAGAUCUGGAGGAAAGUGUUGUUUAGUUGAAGCAACACAAACCCUCAUGCAAAAGUACCUGCCAUGUUUGAAUGGGAUGCUGAUUACAGAAGAUUGAUUGGGGGUGAUUAAGGUUAAAAAUGACAUUGGCAAAAGAGGGAAAAAAAGUAUUGUAGAUCAGAACAGUAAAGAGAGUUCAGAGAGGGAGAAGAGUAAAACUGAGUUUUCCAUUCAAUAAGAGAUAAAUAAAUAAAAACUAUAUAUCCGUAACCAUAUUUUUCAAAAUUACGGCAAAAAACCUAAAGUAGUUUGUUUUGAUAAAAAAGGGAGAGAAGGCCAAAACAUCAAUAGAACAACAGAGCAAGGGUGAUAUAAAAGAUUUUUCUGACUUGAGAUAAGCUUGCCAACACCCACCCCUACUAACACACACACACAAACACCAUUAUGGGAUCAAAAACAAUGCCACUGCAAAGACAGUGAUGAAAAAUGGAUGACAUGGAUCUGCGUUGUUAUCCGAUCUUGUGACUAAAACGCAGAUGAUCACUUUGAAACUUUCUCAAAUGCAGUGAACAUGAAUUCUGUGUGUCCUUUAUGUCAGGACAAGGAGUUCUACCUGACUGUGCCUGCGGAUUAUGGGAGCAUAAAUACAGACAGGAUGCGUUGGACAUGAAAAAUCAAUACAAGCUGGAGUAAAAAAAUAAAUAAAUAAAAAAAAUCAAACAGACAGUAAGUAUUGGGAUUACAAUCAAGUCAAUAUGGAUUACAAAAUGGAAGAGAUGGGUACAUGAUGGAACAUGUGGGCCAUGCAUUUCUGAAAGACAAGAUCAUCCUGCAUGUCUGAUAAUAGACCAGACAAAUGAAUAACAGUAAUGGGUGCAUAAGUGCAUGUAUUGAUGGAAUGGGAACUGGAUGUACGCAGCGAGAGAGAUCGUGUUCCCACGUGUAUAUGAAUGUUUGUGAGUAGCAAUCCAGUCAAACUCCACUAAUGCACAUAAAUGCUUAGCACUCUGCUGUAAAAAAGAAAGAAUACUGAAGUUUAGAGAUGGUUCAUCCAAAUCAAAGUUUUUUUUUCCUCACCACAGCCAGUCUAAACUGAUCAUUUCAAUGUAGCAUGGUCAGAAAGAAUGAACUGAUUGAAGGGAAUUCAAGUUUCAAACUCUGUGUAACUUUAGAAUCCUUUGUGCUAGAUGGGUUCAUGUUACUUUCCAACUGUGAAUGUUUUCAGAGGGGAAGCUGAAAUAAAGUUCUGGAAAUCACUCAACUCAAAGGCACCAAUGGACUAAAGUGACUUAAUGACAAAAAACUGCAGAAAUAAAGAGAAAACUCGAAAGUAAAUACACACAUAUAUAUCUCUAUAUAAAGACAUACAUACAUAUACCUAUAGAUAUAUAAAUAUAUAUAUAUAUAUAUCUUUAGAUAUAUGUAAAAAUAUCUAAAAAUGUUACUUGUUGCACCAUGUGUUACUUUAUUUCAGGGUUUAUUUUUAGGGGAGGACACCAGGAAUGAAACACAAAAUAUGAAAUGUGUAAUUUCCUUUUGUCUGGGAGAAAAAUCGAGUCACCAGUGUUGAUCAUUAAAAAUCUAAAAAGACCCAGGUAAAGCACACGUCACAAUAACUGAAAAGCACACACAUACCAAAACUGACCCAAAACUGAUGCUUAUUAAAGAGUUGGGUUUGUAAUGAUGAGGUCUAUCCAUUAAUGUUGUUUACUUUAUUUUUUUCAUUUUGCCAAAGUCAAUAUUGUUCUAUGG